UAUUAUUAGAGAAGAUACCUCACAGAAAAAGGACAGCUGGCUGUGAAAAAUGUAGAAAUAUAAAAUAUAGAGACAAUUCUAAAAAGAAAAUGUAACAUUAUACAGAUUAUGGUAAAAGUAAUAAGUGGUGGAAUUCUGAACAUUAUAGCAAAAGUUUAACAAACUUAUAACUGAGUUUUGUUAGGAUUGGAUAUUCUUCCAACUGGAAGAGACUUGACUGAUUACAUGUUAUUCUUACAGCAGUUGCUGUAGGGACCAUAAUUCGGCUAUCAUUAUGUAUAACUAUAUCAAUGGCAGGAGGCAGGGUAUUUGAGACAGAAUGUUUACUACAGAGGGCUGUUAUUUAAAUAUUACAAAUCCGUGAUCUUGCUAUAAGAAGAAAGUCUGUUGUCAGGAAAUAACCCAUGUGUUAGUGUGUAUGUCCUCAGAAAAAGAAAACAGCACUCAAGAGGCCAGAUGGAAGGGCAUGGGCUGAAUUCUGGAGACUGAGUGUACACAAAGAUACACCAGGCUGGAGGUAUACCAUACAGCACCUGCAAUGGUAAAGAUCGCUAUGGCUCUCUUCGGUGGGUGAAUAAUUCUCACAAAAAGUAAGGUCCAGCUGAAUAAUGGGUGAGCUUGAAAACACCAUGACAGAGGAACCAAGUUAGAGAGAAAGACUAGAUUCCACUGUAAACAUACUGGGUUUGGUUUGGGAGCUACUUGUUUUAUUUGUUAAUGCAUCAUGAUGUGAAAAAGGAUAGAUGUUAGGGUACUCUAGACAACAUGUUGAAGUCAUUGAUGUGAAAGCAUAUACAGUGUUAAAUUACUUCAAAAAGAGAAAUUGUUGAUUAAGGAUAUGCAUAUGCUUAUCAGUUGAAAUGGAGCAGAUGGAAACAAAAUUUAAAAAAUAAAUAAAUAAAAUAAAAAUGACAUGAUUUGGGAACACCUCUCAGAACCUGGGGCCGAAAGAGGAAGACUGGGUAAAAGCAAGAGGAAGCUUAUUAGAGCUUUUAUUUUUGUGGAGUCCAGCAGAAAAGCAUCCUGGAGGCAUAGAGUCAGGUGAAGAGAGAGUGGGAAUUGUCAUGGUCUCAGAUUUUGGUAUUCGUGAAUAUAUUUAUGCAAAACACAUAACAUUGUCAAUACUGUUAUGUUCUGUACUUUGCUUGCCAAGUCGUAUGUUUAGGAACCUGAACCAGGACGAGAGGUUCCACGUCUGAUGAUCCAAGGGGACCAGAGGGGCCUUGUCCAGGUGAUACCAGGAGAUCUGGUCUACAUUUGAGUGUUCCGGAAAAAGUGGGAUCAGCCAAGGAGAAAAGGACCCAACGAAGUGGCCAGAGCAACAAGAACGACCGUCCAAGUGAAAGGAAGUCCGACGUGGUACCAUCUGAACCACUGCACCAGAGUCCCAUCAGAAACAAGGAGACAACCGCACAGCGAUAAGAACACAGAGGAUGCUGAUUCAACAGGCGGGAGCCCGGAAGGAGCAGGAGCAGCAGAGGAGAUUGAGACGCCGGGGAGGAGCCAAGAAACCAGCAGACCAAGUGGAAGCCAGGAUACGACAAAUGCACUGUCUGCUGCACUCAGAAAAGGACGAAGAAGAAACAACACUGGAGAAAAAGCCUGCAAACAAUCAAUAUUCUCUCCAGUGGGGCCAGAGAGUCCAGGGUUGGGGGAAAAUAACAGGCCUGCUACUCCUAAUGACAUACAUGUUGAGGCAGACCUCCCUGACAGAAGCCCUCCACAGUGGGACCCCGAAAUACCACCUACAGAAUGGGAACAACUCUUCCCUGAAAUCGAUGCCUAUCCAGAUGGAAGCCCAGUCCAGUCAAAGGAGGGAGCUCCAGGGGAAGGAACAGAAAGGGAGACCCCACAAGAAGGAGGAGAAGGAAGAGUCUCGCAGGCUGAAGAAGAGGAUUUCCCCACAAUUGACUUUUCAAAUCUUGAAUGGUCCCCGUAACAGACAAUUGAAGAUAGAACAACAAAAGAAUAAUGACAUUGCCAUGACAAGAGCAACAGUAAACACUGAAACAGGAGAACAGAAGUCAAUCUCAAUCAAGAGGAUCAAACCUCUGCCUGAGACUACAUUCUGUGGAUGGACACAUCAUCAGACAAAGGGAGAAGUCAUCUGGGACCCGAAAGGAUGUGGCCUGACGGUAACCAAAAAAGAAGAUGAGUGGUUGCUUACCUUGAAUAAGAUCGAACAUGUUGAAGGUGAAGAAUUUAUAGUUGAAAUAGCAAGAACAAGGUUAACUGAAGGAAGUAGUGUAACUGUUAUUAGAAUUGGUCCUACGCCAAUACCUGAACAGGAGGAGCCUGUGACAACCAGAACAAUGACAACAACAGUGGCAGCUGUUACAAAGACUACGGUAGUCACCACUAGGCUAAUGUCUACUGCUCUUACCAAGCAGUCCACUGUACCCACAAAGAAACCCAAAGCAUCAGGGUCAGGAGGUUUUUUACUGACAUUUGGAACUUUCUAGCAAACUCUAACAAUCUACCUCGAGAAAAGGACAUUGCGAUUCCAACUGAGACUGUAACUCCAACUGAUACUUUAACCCUAGAACUGCACAAGGACAAAUCAUUAAAGAUAUUAGUAAAAAAUGAAUGGUAUGAAUGGGCUCAAUAUACAGCAUUAAAAUUAAAACUGACAAAUUGCUUAUUAUGUGCACCCUCUCCGCUGACAGAAUUAGUGGUGGUACCUAAUCCUUAUGAUUAUAGGGACUGUGCUGACUUUAAUAGGAACUUUUGUCAUUUGAGUAGAUCAGAAAGGCCGUAUUGUCCAGCUGAAUGUUUGUCAUAUUUGGGUAAUCCAUCCUAUCAAAGAUAUUACAAGCAAGCUGGCUGGGGAAAAUGGUGUCAAGAAUUGGAUAUACGGGUAGAACCACAAAAGUUAGAGGCCCCAUAUAAAUAUCAAAUAGAUUAUCAACAACCGUAUGAAUGUUUUAACAGCACGAAAAGACAGAAUGAGAUGGGAAAGUUUAAAGGUAAAUGUGGGAUCACAUGGCACUUAACUAAGGACACCAAUUAGAAUGCAGACACUCCAGUAAGGGCUAUUUAUCAAGCAGCUGGUAGUUGGGAGGGAAAAGUAUUUGUUCAUGACGAUUGUCAAAAUCAAACUCUAGCGCUACCAUUAAUUGCACCGUAUGAAGAACAGACUAUGGUAGUGGCAAAGGUUAAGGGCAACAUUACCAAAUGAAGGGACAAGCCUUUGUACAAGAGUGAGUUAGGUUGAUUCAACAGAUAAGUGUCACUGAAUGGGAUCCUGGUGAGUCUAAGCAAAAUACAAAAAUAGAGUAAGGAGGGAAUAUAAAUCUGACCCCAAGGUCUAUUUAGAUGCAAUAGGACAACCUAGAGGAGUUCCUAAUGAGUACAAAGCAAGAGAUGAGAUUAAGUCAGGAUUUGAAUCAAUAUUCCUGUGGAUAACACCUAAUAAGAACUUAGAGUGGAUUAAUUAUAUUUACUAAAACCAACAAAGACUCAUUAAUUAUACUAACUCUGCAUUGACAGCUUUGGGAGAACAGGUAGAGGCAACCAGUAGAAUGACAUGGCAGAAUAGACAAGCUCUAAAUUGGCUCUUAGCAGAAAAAGGAGGUGUUUGUGUCAUGUUUGGAGAUGAAUGUUGCACCUUUAUUCCCAAUAACACCGCACCUAAUGGAUCUUUCUUUAUUGCUAUGGCAAAACUUAAAGGAUUAAGAGCAGAAGUAAAGGCUAAUGCUGGGGUUGAUGCCCAUGUUUGGGAUUGGUUGGACCUGACUUUGGGAAAGUGGGGUGCUAUGGUUACUAGAAUGGCUAUCAUGCUGGGAGGGGGCUUACUGACACUGGGUAUUGUGUUUUGUUGUGUUUUGCCAUUGGUAAAAUCUUUAGUGGUUCAGACAACAGUCAAACAAAUGUCGGCACAAAAAGUUAAUCCGCCUGUGGUAAUUAAUCCUGUACCUGGAAUCCCUGGCCAUUAUACCAAUAAGUAUGGAAUGCCUUGCAAUGCUGUCGGAGGACCUCUAGACUGUUCCUUUGGUAAUCCUAAUUGUCUAUAUGGGGUUACUCCAGGGGGUGGUUAUGCUUGCCAUGGGUUGUGAAAAAUAUAAAUAAAAGAGCACGUAGUCAUCACGCUGUUCCUUUGUUGUG